UCGUUUUGCGAUUGUCGAUUGAAAUGUGACGAAACUUAUUAUUUAACUAUAAACAUAACACAAGGAAAUUAACAAUUAUGUACUUAUUAAGCUGCUUAUUUAAGAUAUCGUAGAGUGUAUACAAAAAAUUAUAUAACGAUCUUGGAAGACGAUUCAAAUGUGAAUCCGGUUUAUACAUAAAUUAAAGCAUAUCAGAAAAACUAAGCGAUAGAUUGCUUCGAUCAAUAAUUACAGCGAUUAUAAUAAAAUACAUCUUUUAAUCCUUUUUAUUACAGAGUGAAAAUAUAUAUAUAAUGCAAAUAGAGAAUUUAAAUUUGCAGGAGCAUUUCUUGAUUAUAAAUACUACGGAUUGAAAUUCCCUUUAAUGUUCUUGUAUUCGUAAAAGAUUUCCUUUGUUAAUUAAAUAAUUUAUUUUGCGCGGUCACGGUGUCACUCGUUCAAAGACGUUCGAAGAUGCUGGAUGCACCUUCGACCUUCCGCCGGCGUAACGACGAUGUCGUGUGGUCUACUUUGCAAACUUUCCGAACGGGGCGGACACCUUCCUUAUGUAGCAAGACGUCGGAAUAUGCGAAAAAGCGCUUUAGCCGUGCUGUUGGCAUGGACACUUGCGGCCCAGCAAGGACUGUGCGGCAAGUUGGAGAAGAUCGCCCAACAACCGAGCAACACCCUGGUGGAUUAUUCCGCUUAUCGUCACGUCUCAAUUAUUCACUUCAAUGUUCCCGAACGCGUUGUCGUGGUCGUCUUCAAAUUCACGGCGAAAGAAGAGAAGACUGGCGGGAUAGGUAAAUGCCCGCCGCGCAAUGUUUCAUUGUACCUGAAAUCCGGCAGCUUGCCGUUCGUCCGUCCUGAUGGAUCGAAGGUGGCCGCGAAAUUGAUGGAGAUGAGUCGACGACGGCAGUAUCACAACUUGGAGAUGCACAGCGACGGCGAUCAGUAUAUGAUCAAGAUAGAGGCACCGGCGCCGGGCGAUUGGUAUGCGAUUGCCUUUCGAUCUUGGACCGAUCCUGACAAAGAAAAAAUCAAGCAACAAGGUCUCAGCGCGUCCUGUGAAACAAUGCUGGACGCCGAGAUGCUUGUGGAAACGCCGACGACGACGUCUCUGAUAGAUUCUGAGUUCGAGUAUGAAGUGCAGCUAAACGAGACCUCCGACACAGCGGUAGUGCAGUAUUUUGUGCCGGAUGUCGGUCUAGAAAAAUUGAAUCUGUCUUUGAAAUUGUCCUGCGACGACUGUGAUAUCGCCAUUUAUAUCACGGCGGAGGACAACCUCGUCGACGAUGUGAUCAAUUCAACGAUGACGUCAUUGUCCUUCAGGCCUUACGCCGGCGUUUUCCACUACGUGACUCUUCGUCUGCUUUCGGGAAACACGUCGAACGUGACGAUGCGAUUGCCGACGAGCCGUGAGCAUCGAACAGACGCAGUCAAUCAGGUGACGCCGGUAGUACUAUUGAGGAAGUCCUUCCCGGAAUUCUUCCUAUUCGACUACGAACAUCUGCACGGCAACGAUACGAAACCCCAGCCCUUCAACGUGACCGCUGACACUCUCUCCGUGCUUAGUUUCGAGAUCGGUAGAGUGUACGAUGUCGGUGGUACGAUCACUUUAGGCUUCAAGCUGGUCGAUGUAGAGGAGAAGUACAAGAAGGACAUCAUUCUCGUUGCUUGCGUUUCCUUAGGUUAUUAUACGAACAUUACCUCGGGUGGCGCGUGCAUCCGCGCGCAAGAAAUCACGACGGCGGACGUAUACGUCAACGCGACCGAGCCGGCUUAUGUGCAUAUACCUUUUCCCGAGCCGGGGAUCUGGUACAUCAGUCUACGCGUCUUCUGUGCCGAAGAUGAAACGACCGGUAAAAGCAACGCCAGCCUUAGCAACGCUUGUCCCUGCGGCCGCGCCUGUCUGCGCGGUAACGCCACUUGCGAAGCCGCAUGCGACUGUCUGCCGCGCUGCGCCGUCGUCCGGGUGGAAAGUAUCGUGUCGUCGUCGCCGUGCAUCGAGGGACGCUGCGGCGGUCACGGCAAGUGCAUGCACUACAUGAGCGGCGGCUUCGUGUUCUCGGCGUGCCAUUGCACCGGUGGUUAUCGCGGCUUCGACUGCGCGGAUGCCACCUACGUUCUGAGCAGCAGCGGCAUCCUCCUGCAGCUGCUCGCGCUAACCUUCAGCAACCUCGCAUUCUUCGGCUCGGUCUACGUGGCGAUACGACGCGAGUACUUCACCGAGGCGGUCGCCUACGCUGCGGUCAUGUUUUUCUCCACGUUCUACCACGCCUGCGAGGCCGGCGAGAAUGUCUACGGCGUGUGCAUCAUGCGGCUGAACGUGCUGCAGUUCUGCGAUUUCUUCAACGCGCUCCUCGCCAUCUGGGUGACCCUGGUAGCGAUGGCGUCGUUCGGCCCGCGGUUGACCGCUUUUUGUCAAAUUACCGGCGCGAUUAUACUCGCCGUGGGCGCCGAGAUGGAUCGCACGGCGCUGUGGGUAUUCCUGCUGCCGGCCGUCACCGGUUCUGCCUUAAUCGGGCUGUCUUGGGGACUCAAGUGCCGCAGAAAGCGGACCGUCAGAUAUCCCUUGCGUCCAUAUAGGACUAUCUACUUUCCGGCCGGGUUUAUUCUCGUUGCUCUGGGCCUGAUUUGCUAUGCCUUCCUGCAGACGCGCAGGAAUUAUUAUCUUGUUCACAGUCUGUGGCACGUGUGCGUAGCCAUAGGCGUUAUUCUACUUCUGCCGAAGCGACAGUACAUGAAGUGAUGGUCGCAGAAUCGCGCGUGCGUCCAGGAGAAAUGUCUAGGAGACCUGAAAUAUUAUCAGAAAUCUCUCUCUCUCGAGAGAUGUAUGAUAGUAAGUAACCAAAGAAACAUCAGGGAAAAUUAUUAAAAUAAAUUAUUAAAAUAAAUGUCAUCGACGAGUCGGCGGCUGUUAUAUGAAAAAAAAUCAAGCGCCGGUUUAUUUUGGCUAUGUAUUUUGAAUUAAAAACAUUUUGAAACUUAUUAUGCCACGAAAAUACUUCUGAAAAAAAUUACGCACUUAUGAUAUCUAUUUAUCUGCAUCGAAAUUUUUGAUUAAUAAUCAAUAGCUAAUAGUUUGCUAAAUAAAUUUUAAGGACUAAAUUACUACACUAAUUAAUUGUAGAAGAAAGUUACGAAACUCAUUCCGUCGCAAAGGUGCGUGAAUAAUUUCGUAGAAAAGCUGCUCGAUUGGUCGUCUCACAAUGCGUACAUAUAUAUAUCAGAGAUUCUUAUUCUUCUAAAAAUGAAUGGUCAAUAGAUACGAGGACAGGUUCUCAGGGCAGAACCGACUCGACGAGGAGAAAUAUAAUCGAAUCCAUUUAUCGAUAAUACACAUUUAGCAAUAAGAUGUGACACGUAAAGCAAAUUCAAUGACAGUAUUAAAUCGAGUUAAGCGGACAAAAUACAUAGACGGAAUAUAAAUGAGCCUGCAAUUCAACAUGAAACUGAAGGGCAGGUUCUUGCUCAUUUGAAUAACUAUGUAUUAAGACAUAAUUUGAAAAACGACGACAUCGAUACUUGAAGUUUUUCUUUCCUUUUUUUUAGACUUCAACGUUAGCGUUGAAUCUCUUCGUUGAAUGUAAAUAUCAAAGCUUUAAAGUGAAGUUAUUGGAAGAGAAUUAUUAUUAUAAUUACAGUUACUGCUGAAAUUGUGAUAAUGUUGAAUUUUAUAAAGCCGACGACGCUGUCUAUAUUAUGCAAUAAAAUAUUUCCAAAGCGCACUUCUUGACAUUCCGAAAGAUCUGUUGUUGGUUGCACGAAGAUUUAGGAUGUUUCAUUAUGCUUUGUUAAAUCGCGUAAGGACCUGUUUGUAAGGACCAAUACAUUAAGAUACGUAAAAUACUUGAAAUGCGCGUGUUGAAGCAACGAAGGAUUCCUCGUACGAGAGUGGUGCUUUUUAUUCACGCGAGCGUCCCCUGUUAUCUUUAGCUAUUAAUAUUAACACCACUGUUGUGCAACACUAUUGCAACAUUAAUUUACAAUUAAGACAUAUUGUUCUUCGAUGUCAAUUUAAUGAUAGAAUUUUGCAAAAGCAUAUUGUAUUCGACAUAACUACAUUCCUCAUGAGUCUUUCUUUUUUUAUAUAAAAAGCUCAAGCUUUAAUUUCUUCUCAUCGGACAUAUGAAUGUAAUUUGAUGUUCGUCUGGUUUGUUACACCAAGAAGAGGAAUGUAAGCGUAGGGAUAUAAGUUUAAGCCUUUUUUUUUCCUAGGAAUCGAGACCUCGCACAUGAACGUCC